AUGGCUCCGUUCUGGGAAUUCCGCGUUCACUCCGAGCCCAACCCGCACCCGCAGCUCGGCAGAAAACCUCGCCCCAGCGCGCUUCUCAUCCCCGAACCCGUCAACCCUCCGCCCACCCCGCGCCCCCACGCCUCCCAACUCCCGCGCCCCUCCGCACCGCUCCCCAAAAUCCGCACCGAACCGCUGUGGCUCAAUCAGCCGCCAGUUUUCUUCUCCAGCCAUCCAAUCGCGCCCAUCGCCGAGCCCGCCGUCUCGUCGCUUCCGCCGUCUCUUGCGCCGUCUCUUGCGCCACCUCCAGCUCCGCGCCCUGCGCAGGCGCGGAAGCCGCGUCAGCGCCCGCCGCGGCAGCCAAAGCUCUGGGACCUCAUUCCCGAGCUCCCCCCUGCUCCGCGCCCCUACAAGGUCCCCCAACCCUCCAGUGGGUACGCCGCUUCCGCCCCGCUCGCACAUCCUCACGGCCAGCCGUUUGCGCCGCCGUUUUGGCAACCGGCCCCGCGGAAUCCUAGCCGGCAGGUGUCAAUCGGUUUCCCGACAGCGGGCGUUGGCGGCGUUAUAGAUCUGUCGACGUGGGGCUCCGCCAAAACCGCUGCGCGCGGGGAUUACACACUCUCCGUUGCUGCAACUUCGUUGGAUACCGCACGGGCCAGGCAGCACCGAGACUCGUGCACAUGCUCAGUGGACUACGCCUCUCUCUGGGGCUCAUUGCUCUCUGCUGCUGCAGAUGUUGCAUUGGUGAUUGCCGUAGUUUCCCAAUACGAACAGCAGCAGGAGGACAAGCUUCGAUCCAGCCAGCCCCAAAAUGCGCCCGUUCUGAUUCCAAGCCUCGAACACACACAGCAUGAGCACAACUCCGCGCCCCCUAUCGGCCGCAAGCCGCGACCAGCCGUACUGGUAAUUCCCGCAGUCCUCCCUCCGCCAGCCUCCCCUCUUCCGCUUCCGCCGGCCCCUCACCGGCGCCCCGACCAAAUACAGGCGCGCGCUCAGCAGCUGCAGGGGGAGCCGCAUGCGCGCCAGGGGGGUCCGCGCAGGCGCGCGCGUCAGCUCAAGAUCUGGGAUCUGCAACCCGAGCUCCCGCCGGCCCCUCAUCUGCGCCAUGACCGCGCGCUUGAGCGCGAGUUCGCGCAGCAACUCCGCAAUCUUCCGCCGGAGCUUCCGCCCGCCUCCCAACCGGACGCAGGACUGCCCGAGGCGCCUCCUAGUGACGGCGCGUGCGGGGGCGGCGCGACCGGGCGAAGCGCCUUGUGCUCCCCGAAUGGCGGCGGGCUGUGCGGUACCGCCCAUUGCGCUCGCUGUGACUGGCUCAGUCGGCCGAGGCGAUGGCCGUCGAUCGGCUUCCCCGUGCGGCGAUCCGCGCAACUUGCGCAGCAAGCGGAACAGGUGGCGCACCACUCGCGGCGAAUCAACGUGUUAGCGGAACCUAGCUGCAGUGACCCUGAGUCUCGACCCGCUGGGAAAAUGGCCCCCGCAUACCCCGCAGGUUCCUCCGCUGAUCCAGUUAUCCCCGCAGAGCCUCCCCGCCAGCAGCAGCCUUCAGUCCCGCAUGCUUUGCCCAUUGACGAGCCUGCGCUCUUCCGCGCGCGGUCCGAUGGGUUUCCGCCGCCCCCGUGCGCCUUCACCUCUACUCCCGCGGACGUGCCUCUCGAAACGCCCCGCGCUUCCCGAAGCGUGGUGGAACCGUGGGGCGGUACGGCGGAGCUGGCGCAGGCACAGGGCAGCAGAGGGCUAGCGGAAUCGACGGGGGCUGCGCUCGUGGGGGGAGACUGGCGGAAGCUUCCUGCGCCUGGGUGGUACCGGCGGCGGGAUUGGGGGAUCGGGAACGCGCGGAAUGCAAUCCGCGGAGUGUCUGUGCGCGCAUCAACUGCUGCUGUUGCUCCGCUUCCCCUUCCCCCAACCGUGCAGCGUACCCUUCCAAUGGUGAGCCAUGCUCCGCUAACAGGGGAGCUUGCUGUACAAAGCAACAGGAGCUCUAUAACGCGGAUGCACUCCGUCCCCACCGAGCGCGAGCGAACCGACGAUGAAUGCACGGAGAUUGAAGCAAAUCCACGCAGCAAAUCCCAUCGCGCCACGUGUCUCCCCAUCAGCGGCGAAGCCAUCCAGACCCACGUGGCAUCUCUCUGGCUAACAGUACUGAGUCAGCUGUAUUUUCUGGGGGAGGUGUCUACUGCGUUCCUGGGGGAGGUUGUACCUGGCAGACGUAACAGGCAGGAACAGGGGGAGGAGUGGAGCGGAAAUCAGGCAGGAAGCAGCAUCAUUGAACUGUCACAUACCCAUGGUCGUGAGCAAGCCGUGGGGCCUGCAGCAGCACUAAUGAUCGGGGGAAGCCGUGGGGAGGGAUUGGUCAACGCUGCCGCCAUGCAAGCUCGCCUACUGGCUGAUCCUCCCAUGCUUUCCCCAGACGUGCGCUACCAUGAAUUCAGUGGCUUUAACGUGAGUGGCUUCAAUACCGGUGGCCCUGGUGCUGCUGCCACGUGUGGCACUACUACCGUAAAUCUGGGAAAUCUCGCAUCUCCUCCCUUCAAUAUGGGUUCCCUGCAGCCUCUCCCCAUCGCGUCCUCCUUCCAUCUGGGGGAGGUGUUAUCUGCUACGCCUCCUGUUCAAGGCACCACUGCGAAGAACCGCACUGAACCAGGCCGACCGUACCUGCGUCUCCGAUCCACUCUAUCAGGCCAGUCGAGCGACCUGGACACGUGUCGCAAGGGGACUGGCCACAGCCCUGCAUCCAUUCUGGACUCACCUGUUCCUUCUGAUGACUCAAGCUGUGACUCUCGCCCUGAGCUUCUAUGGAGCCAGCCCACACUCUCCCUCAGGUAUUGA